AUGCUAGUGUCGAGUGUUGGGGAGGACAGAGCCAUCCUGCUGGGCUUCACUAUGAUGGCCUUCUCUGUGCUCAUGUUCUUUGUCGUUGGCAUCACUGUGGUCAAACCUUAUGUUAACAGUAACUGGGAGGAGGCCAGCUGUGUUCUGAUGAAGACAGAAAUUCUGGAGGAGUGGGUGGACUGCAGAGGUGUGAGCACCGUGCCUUGCCUCAGGGUAAAGGUUAACCUCACGGGCCCCAAUCAGACGGCUUUUAUCCACUUUGACGAGGAAUUGGUCCUCUUCGGUCUUGAGUGUUUCUACAUACCCAAAUGUCGAAUGGACAGAACAGAACUUCAAAAGGAAGUUGAGAAAGUGAAAAACAACUUGGACGCUCACAUGGACAGCACCUCACCAUGCUUCACUGACCGCGCGAGGCACCCCGGAAAUGCCAUUUUGCACAGGAAGUACACCUAUAAAGAUAGUGUGUUGGCUUUGCUGUGGCCUUGUCUGAUGCUGGGUGGCGGUGGUCUGUUGGUGGGCCUUGUGAAGCUGACACAGUACUUAGCCCACCUCUCAUCUGAGAAAUAA